UUAUUUAUAUUAUUUAUAUCUAACGUUUUUCACGUACAUACAGAUUAUAUUUAUCGUAUUAUAUAACUUUUAUAUGAAAAUAUAAAAAUAUGUAUAAAAAUAUUGCGUAAUUAAAGAAGACGCGCCAAAAUUUGAAUUGUUACGCUAUUCAAGUAUUUAUGUAUUAUCGUUGGGCGCCAAAAGGAGCCAUGACGACAUAGAAGAACACGCAGCUUAUUAUCGUAGAAUAUUUUAAAGAGAUUCUUCGUAUGAAAGAAGACACAGAGGUAGAAAUUCGUUUUAUUACUGUUAAAAUAGUAAGCAUUUAUAUUUUAUAAACGUAAAAACGUUCUUAUUUUUCGCAUUGAUUUUUUUUAUCGAUCGUUCGUAAUAUACGAAAUAGAAAUCGUGUUAUCUAGUUUUCUUCAUUGUUGAAUACCGUUAAACUAGGUAACGUUUGGAAAAAAACGAGAAUGACCUUGGUAAGGUGACACAAGUUAUUACGAUCAAGUAGUAAAAGUAUCGGUGCUUAUAUUCUACGUCGCAACGAAACGAUCUCGUGUUUCAUGUAACUCGAUUUUGAGGUUAUGCCGUUGUUCUUUUGUUAUUUCAUUACGAUGGUAUCAAGUUUGGUACAGUGAUAUAACGUAAUUCUUCGUUUAUAUAUAAUCGUUCGAGUUAAGAAACAUUUAGUUAUUCUCGUCCAUGGGAUUUAUCGAUGAUGAAUUGCACGAAGUAUCAAAACUUUGUCACAAUGUUGUCGAUAGUAGCCGCAUCGUUUCUUGUGUGCAGACUAUGGUUCGCGUCGAAAUAACGAAGACAGCGUUCAAGAAGAUCGUCGUGUGCAUUCAAUUUCCAGAGAAUUAUCCGUCCGUUCCACUUUUAAUCGAGCUUAAAAGUAAGACUUUGUCGGAGAGAUUACUUGCUAGAUUAACAGACGUUUGUGAAAAGGAGUGUAAGAAUUUAUUAGGAAAAGCUCAGGUAUUACCGACCUUAAAGUUAAUUCGUAAUUUCAUCGAAGAGAAUCCUCUCAUUUGUUGUUACGAUGAGAUCUCAUCCAUAAAAAAAUUGCUUCAAGAGCAAGACGAGUUUAAAUUGAAACAGAAGAAUUCAAGUAUAACGUUAAGAAUUCAACAAGGAUUGUAUUAUUUUAAAGUUAAGAUCGAAGUACCAAACAAUUAUCCAGAUAGUUGCAUAAAUCUAGGAGACGCAGAGGCAAACUUUCCACCUGUACUCUCUCGUUACUUUUUGGGUCAAGGUAAAGAAUUAGGUAGAAGAUGCGUGGAACCACCAUUGCAGAAAGGAACUCAGCAAACAUCUUUUGCACCUUCUCCCUCUUUAGAAGUCGUCAUUUCCUUUCUUAUAAAAUCAGUAAAAACAUUGCCCAGAGAAAAUUGUCAAUUGUGCAAGAUACCUUGCUUGCCGGCGAAUCCAAAAGAAGUAGUGACAGACGAAAAAGCAAAUCUUCAUGUAGAAAGAUUAUAUUGCAGUCAUUUGUUUCACUUACAAUGCCUCCUAAAAUUCAUGAAGACACCCCCAUUCCAUGGGGGUAAAAAAUGUCCAACUUGCGGACAACGCAUUUAUCAUGACAAGUGGGGUGUCAGUGAUAAGCUCGCAGAGGAUCGUUGGGCACAUGAACAGGCGCGAGCUAGGGAAUUGGCAGAGGUAGCUGACUUUUUGGAAUGAAUCCUUUGCCGAUGUGCACAAACUUGUGUUUUAUCUCUGUCCAUGGUAUAGCUUAGGUGAACAUUAAUGAAAUCAAAAGUCAGAUAUCAUGAUGUAUCGUUACAUGGUGGUUAUGAUAUUAAUGAAAUUUUGCCACUGAACAAUUUUGACUCUACCGACCAGCAAUUAAUUCAUAUUUAGUAUUAUAAGAGUCCAUUAAAUGUAAGUGUUCAACGGCAGUUUCAUAAAUCGUGGCAAUUGCGAUAAAAUGCGAUCGUUCUCACGUUGACAACAUUUUUUAAAAAUUAUAAUUUGAUUCAUUAUGAAGAAUAAUCAUAAAUUGAUUUUAUUUUCAAUUGAUAAAAUUGCUAACCGAUUAUCAUACAAUUUUUUCAUUUUUGAUCGUUCGUUAUAUUACUUCAAUAUUAUUAAUUCAUUUAUCUAUUUAUUAAUUUUUUUUUUUCUUUUUUCUUUUCAUACAAAUUAUAAUACAUUUAAUCAUGUGUUCGCCUGUAUAAGCCAGGAUAUUGAACUAUCAUUGAAGUAUCAGUUAAUGAAGUACCUAAGAAAAAUGUCACUUCAAUAAUGUAGGUUUUAUUCGUUACUGCGACACAGUGUUUAUUUUUUCAAUGAAAAUGCUCUUGAACGAGAAAACAUAGUUUUUACGAAUAAAUAAAUGAAUAAAUUAAA